AGACUAAGGCAUGUAUGUGCACUUUGCUUUGCUGCAAUACACCAAGUUUAUAUCUUCCCACAAACAUUGAAAAUUUCCAUGCAUGUAGUGCAGUCUUAAUUAUAUUCACAGUAAUUUGCAAUUGAGUUAAGCAACCAGUAUAGAUUUACAAUACAUUACACUAAAAUUAUAAAGUCAACAACAGCUAGGGUGUGUUUUAUAGAUCUAUAUACAUCCUUCAAAGUUGCACUAGUCCAUAUUCAAAAUGGACCCAGAGGAGAAAGCAAAAAUUCUGAAUGGUGUCAAGUCCAUGCUGAGGGCAGUUCUUCAGAGCAGUAAAGAGGGUGUGGUCGCUGCCAGACUCCCUGGGGAAUAUCGCGGCAUCACAGGGGACCCCCUGCCCUUCAAGAGGCUUGGAUAUUGUACUGCCGAGGAGUUCCUGAGAACAUUGCCUGAUGUUGUUAGUGCUCGACAUAACCGAGAUGGUGAGCUGACAUAUUUCGCCGUCGCUGACGACUCCACAGCGCACAUUCAGCGCAUGGUCAGCGCUCAGAGGUCCAACAAGUCCAAGAAGAAAGGCAAAGGUUAUAGAGGGAAACACCUUAAGGUCAAUGUUCAGUCAAGACGGCCAGUGCCAAGUCCCUACAGGAAGACAGGAGGAGGAAGGUUUGGGCCGAAAAUCCAGCGAUACUCUCCCCCCAAAAUGACCCUGUCCAGAACUUCCAUGAUUCCACACCACACAAAGCAGAUGGCACCAGCAAGAAACUCCUCUUCAUUUGAGGUACCACCAAGAUUCCAGAAGACAUCUUCCAAUAUGGCAUCCAGUGUCCCUGCUGCCAAGAGUGCCUCGUCUUCCUCUCUGAAGGUUACGGUGCCCAAUACUAAGAAUGAUAAAGUAUUCGUUAAUUACAAAAGUGCUCUCUAUGAAUAUGCUGCCAAAACCAAGAAGUCUGUUUACUACAACAAAACUGAUUCAACCAAAGUUGGGUUUGUCAGCUCACUGUGUUUGGAAGGUGUGGUUUAUGGGAGUGAGGAUGGGUACAAGAGUAUGAAGGAAGCAGAACAAGCCGCUGCAAUGAAUGCUUGCCAUGCUCUAGGCAUAAAAGUUGCAGGCUCUCCCAGUCCCCCCAGAGUUGUCAGUGUAAGUGGCACAGAAGGUAAAAGUGCUGUUAGUGAAGAAAUCCUGAAGUCCAGAGUGAGACAGGUAAUCCACACAGUAUGA